UUUGUAAAAUAAUUACAACCAUAUUGAGCGAUAAUUGAAAACAAUUUUCGAUCUUUUAGGCUUAAGAAAGGUACUUUCACAUCAGCGAGAGAGAGAAUGCGCAGCAUUUGGUUCUGCUUCAAAUUGAUCGAGGGCUGCUUGGGCUGCCUCUGUAUGGGCAUACAAAUCGAGGGAUUUCUGAAUGUGGCGGUAUCACAGGAUUUAUACCUCUACAUAACUGUAUUCUCGGUAUUCACCUGCACAAGUUUCUUUGGCUGCAUGAAUAUCUGCAUGGAAAACGAGCCAGUCUUGAAGCGAGAAGUCAUUUGGAAUGGUUUUGCUAGUUUUGGCUACUUCAUCACCGCCGUCACGACGAUGUAUCAUGCGGAGAAGGAUUUAUAUUUAAUGUAUUUAUCGGCCAAAGUGGAAAUUAUUGAAGCAGAGAUGGGACAUCAAUUCUUCGGCUACUCCAAGACUCAGGCGAUUGUUGCCAUUGUGACGUGUGUUGUGCAUUUAAUGCAUGCGGUACUUGCGGCCGAUAUUUUAAUCACUGAUUUGGCUGAAGCGAAGGAAGCACCGGAAGAGUUGGGUGAAGAGCGCAAGAAAUUGGUUUUUUAUCUCGGCGGUGCUAAAAUACAUAAUCGCUUGCUGAAAUUAAAAUGGUUUCGGCGAUUUGAUGGCCGCAUGCUGCCGACGGAUGUGCGGUGAGCGGGGUGGGGUGUGGAAAUUCGAAUUUGCUUUUGCAAAUAAAAAAUUAAUUUUAAGACGCUA